GCGACAGCCAUCAACAGCUCGCAACAGCCGCCAUGUCGACGCUCAUGAGAACGCUGCGCAACCUGCGCCGAAUUGGAUUCAAGGACUAUGCCCACCAAAUGGCGAACAUUGGUGAUACCAAAGCCGGAACCUUGAUUGGCACGGACAAGUACGGCAACAAGUUCUUUGAGAACCUGGAGGAGGAGCUUCCUCUGCGAACUCGCUGGGUAGACUACAAGGACAAGGAAUACGAUCCCUCCCAGAUCGAGCCAGGAUGGCACGCUUGGAUAUCGUACAUGGUCGACAAGUCCCCGGCAGAGGACAAGCUUCUGCAGCGCCAGAUCCGCGUUUGGGAGCCAAAGGAACACAGGCCGACCCUCACAUGGAGCCGAUCGGGAUACAAGCCCUACAGCACCACCAAGAAUAAGUAUUCUGCUUGGACACCGGUGGCCAAGCCCCGCGCGUAGAUAGCAAAUCUGUUUGUCUCACCCUGCAAUCUCUCGUCAUCGCCUCCUAUAAGUGUCGCGAAUACAAUGAACACUGUUUUUUUUAGAGACAGAUUGAGGUUAUCACUGUGAAUUUU